AUGGCUGCAACGAAUUAUGUGGUUACGGUUCAGAGCCCAACGGCGGUAACGGCUCUUGCCACUGGCCAUUUCACCUCACCAACUGAUUUUAAUUUAAUUGUUGCAAAGAAUACACACUUUGAAAUCUAUAUUAUCAAUUCCGAAGGUUUAAAAUUAGUGAAAGAUGUUUGUAUCUAUGGACAAAUUCAUAUUCUCAAAUGUUUUCGUCUCUCGAACAUGAACAAAGAUGUUCUAUUUAUUUUUACUGACAAAUAUCAAGGAAUGAUCUUAGAUUGUCGAAAAACGAAUCAAGAUCAGUAUGAAAUCUCAACGAAAUGCCAUGGAUUGUUAAGAGAUACAGGACGGCAAACUGUUCGUCAGCUAUUGUGUACGAUCGAUGUCAAACAUGGUCUUAUUUUAUUACGUAUAUUCGAAGGCUUGAUUAAAUUGAUCUAUUUGAAAGAUUUUUCUUCCAAAGAAUCUUCAUCCAAAAGCUUAGAAGCAUACAACGUGAAAGUUGAUGAACAAAACAUUAUUGACAUACAAUUUCUGCCCGGCCAUCAAAAACCAACCUUUGUAAUCUUGUAUCCACAAACAAGCGAUACCUCAACAUUCAAUCGUGAUCAAGAAGAAUAUCAUAUUCGUACUUAUCAAGUCGAAUUGAAAGAACGAGAUAUUUCGAAGUUAACAUGGAAACAAGAUAUGACAAUGAGUGAAGCUUCAUUCGUUAUUCCAAUUGGACAAGAUACUUUCAGUUGCAUUGUUAUUGGAAGAAACACUGUGGCUUUUUAUAAAGAAAACGAUCGACCAUUGGAAAUCGAAUCAUUACUACUUGAUGAUGACGCUGGUAUCGUAGGUUACUGUCCUAUCGAUGAUGACGGCUGUCGAUAUUUAUUAACGGACUAUACUGGUAAACUUUAUCUACUUGUUCUCGAACGUGACAAACGAAAUGGAAGUUCAUCAACAACGAUAACCGACAUGAAGUUGGAUCUUCUUGGUGAAACGUCAUCAUGUGAAUAUAUUACUUAUUUAGACAAUGGAGUGGCAUUCAUUGGAUCACGCUUUGGUGAUAGUCAACUUAUUCGACUUCUACCUGAACCACAAAAUGGAAGUCAUUUAGAAAUUCUGGAAUCAUAUACAAAUCUUGGACCGAUUGUGGAUAUGUGUGUUGUGGACCUAGAACGCCAAGGUCGACAAUUAGUGACAUGCUCUGGUAAUGGUAAAGAUUCUUCAUUACGUUUUAUUCGGACUGGUAUUGGCAUUCAUGAGCAUGCAUCUAUUGAUUUACGAAAUAUCAAAGGCAUCUGGGCAUUGAAAAUAGACAAUCAUUAUGAUAACCAUCUUGUCGUGGCGUUCUUUGAUCAAACUAGAUUGUUCCAUUUACAAAAUGAUGAAAUCGAAGAAAUUGAAUUAGCUGGUUUUGACUUUCAACACCAAACAUUAUUUUGUGCAAAUGUCAUCGCUGAUCAAUAUCUACAAAUCACUACACAUUCGAUACGUCUAAUUGGAAACAAUGGAAAAGAUCUCCUUGUCGAAUGGAAAAAUGAACAGAAUGAAAUUACUGUCGGAUCGUCCAACACGACUCAAUGUGUUUGCGCUAGUGGAAAUCAAUUAUUUUAUUUCGAAAUUGGUCGAGCUAGUUUCACUGAAAUCAAUAAAUGCAAAUUACCAUAUAAUAUCGCUUGUUUGGAUGUAACACCAUUGAAUCCACAAGAAGAACGAACUAAUCUUUGUGUGGUUGGUUUAUGGACACAAAUAUCAGUUUGGAUUUAUCGUUUACCAACACUCGAUGUUUUACAUAAAGAACCAUUGACUUCAGAUACGUUGCCACGAUCAGUCGUUAUGAUAACAUUCGAUUCUCAGCCUUAUGUUGUUAUUUCAUUAGCUGAUGGUCCUAUAGUUUACUAUUUGCUUGAUGUUGAACAAGGAAUUCUAUACGAACGAAAAAAAGUUUCCCUGGGCACAAAACCAACAACACUCACAAUAUGUAAACGAACAGACAUCUCACCGAGUACAACAACAUCAUCAUCGUCAACGGAUCCUUCCUCACAGAGUACAGUACUAUUUGCUUGCAGUGAUCGUCCAUCGGUUAUAUCGUCAUCAAAUACGAAGCUUGUCUUUUCUGCUGUUAAUUUACGAGAAAUUGUCUGCAUGUGCUCGUUUCAUUCGGAAUUCUAUGGUGCAAGUUUAACGCUAGUCACCGAUGCCGGUGUCAUUCUUGGUCGAAUUGACGAUAUACAAAAGUUGCAUGUACGUUCCUUAGUACUCGGCGAACCAGCACGACGUAUAACAUUCUUCGAAGAAGAGAAGGCUUUUGUCGUGUUAACUCAAUACAUGGAUGUGUAUCAGACGGAUAAUAUCGUACCAAUUAGUAAACAAGCACACCAAAAGAUUGAUUGUACAACGACAAUCAAAAAUAUCAAUGACGUUGUACCACCGACACAAAAUGACGUCAUUGAUUCCAUUGUUAUUUUAGAUCAGCAUACACAUGAAGCUCGUGUCUCAGUUCGUCUGCUGAAUCGCGAAGAAGCUCUGAGUGUGUGUGUGAUUACUUUUGCUGAUGAUCCUUCGUCAUCGUAUAUCGCAGUUGGUACGGCCAUUGUAUUCGAAGAUGAUGAUACGCCAAAAAUCGGUCGUCUUCUGUUGUAUCGUUAUAAAAGCGGACAUUUGAAUUUGGUGACGGAGAAAGAGUUGAAUGGUGCACCACAUUCGAUGUUACCAUUCCAUGGCAAACUUCUUGUUUCUGUUGGAAGUGCUGUUCGAUUGUACAAAUUUUCACCACAAAAUCACGAACUGGUUCAAUUAACACAGUAUUUAGGACAUAUUGAUUGUCUACAGGUCAAAAUUAAGGAUGACUUCGUUCUAUUCAAUGAUUUGAUGAAAUCAAUUACUGUUCUACGAUAUAAUGUUGACGAGGGGAAAUUUGAAGAAAUUGCUUGUGAUGUUCAACCGCAAUGGACGACCGCAUGUGAAUUCUUCGAUGAUGACACAUUUAUUUGUGCUGAAGAUGCAGGAAAUUUAAUAUCUUGUCAUAAGGACAGUGGUUCAACGAAAGAGAAUGAAAGAAAUGUGUUGAAAGAAUUGGGAUUAUGUCACUUAGGAGAAAACAUCAAUGUCUUUCGACAUGGUUGUCUUGUAACUCAACAAACAGCUGAAACAUCGAUUUCUCUCGAAACGUGUACUUUAAUGGGCAGUGUAUCCGGUUAUAUCGGCCUUCUUCUUCAAUUAACACCACAACUAUAUCAGUUACUUAUGUCAUUGCAAUUAGCACUAGCAGAUUACGUGCCCAGCGUUGGCAAAAUUGAUCACGGUACAUGGCGUUCGUUUGAAUCUGAUAAUCAUUCGAGUGUUUCGUGUGGUUUCGUUGACGGCGAUCUAAUCGAAACAUACCUUGACUUACCGAAAACAGUACAAGAAGAACUUAUCACAGAUUUGCACGGUGAAAACAAUACUCCAAUCAAUACAACGGUGGAAGAACUAGUCAAAAUAAUUGAAGAACUUGCACAGCAGCUUGCUCAACAUACUAACUUGAUUCAUUCCUCAACAGAAUUUGCUAAAUCUCCUGAAUUCAAACAAACACCGGAAGAAAUCACGCGUACAAUUUAUGUUCAUCAACGCGAAUUUGCAGUUGUAGGGAAAAACGAUCCAAAUGGAUUUCAUUUAAUUGGAAGUGACGAUGCAACUACGUGCCAUAUACUAGUACUUGAUAAUCAACAUGCGAUCGGUGUAAUACAUUUAGAUGGAGCAGAAACAAAUGAAAGUUUAGAAAAAAUGUUAAACGAAAUGAAAACAUACGCGCCUGAUAAUACACAUUACGAUACUUAUCUCGUUGGACCAUCUAAACAAAAAUUAAAACUAUAUGACGUCAUACAUAUCAAUAUUGUUUUAGGUGGUUUUCUCGAUGGCUCAAAUCAACAGCAUUCGCAUAGACUGAGCCAUUCAGUUCUCAAUAUCUUUGCUGGUUUAUCAAACGUGUCAUUCCAUCUUAAACUUGCGGCUAUCACACCCUACAAUGACCAUAUUGUACAUAACGUGCACUAUCCACUUAUUUAUGGUAUUUGUUUUGAUGUUUGCACGAAGUCCAUUCGGAAAAUGAACUUUUCCGAUUUCGGACCGGCAUUUCGUUUACGUUCGGUCUACCUCUCGGUCGACAACCAUCCGGCUUGCUGCAUCUAUUCGUCUCGAAUAGGAUCUAUCGCAAUCCGACAGUUUUCCAUUGAUAGACACAUCAUCAAACAAUACUAUGAACCUUUGUAUUUGUAUUAUUUUCACAAUGAUCAAAAAUUACUCUCAAUGACCUCGACUUCACCAGAACAGGAACGUCCUUCAUACCUAAACCAAAUGAAAAAGACGAUUUUAUAUAUUUUAAAAUACUCGAAAGUUUUGCCCGGUUGGUUUGAUAAACAAACACAUUCCAUCGUUUACUAUCGAUCGAAUGGUCACUGGGUUACCGACAAUAAAAAUGUGGUUGAAGACGUUGAAAUUUUAUAA